AUGAGCAACCAGAGCCCCAAUUUACAUCACCGAAAGCUAUUGAAUGAUGUUAAUAUAAGAGAAGAACUGCCACUGAGAAAGAAGCGGGGAUAUCAGAAGCCAGAGACAAUUCCCGUAGAUGAUACAUCAGAUUCCGAAGAAUUUGAAGACGUGGACUUGAAUAUACUUGACGACUCCGAUGAGUUUGAAACCAUUGACCUUGAAAAUAUACCAAAAGAAUCAGGUAAUGAUACAUUGGUUAUACGAAUAGACAACAAUAAGAAAGAGGAAAAGACUCCAAAAAACUUGAUAAGUCGUGAAGAAAGACAUCGACGCGUCCUACUUCACAAAAUGUACUUGGUAAUGAUGUUGGUACAUGGAAGCAUUAGAAAUUUAUGGUGUAAUAACAAAGAAAUAGCGAGAAGCUUGAAAUUAUCCUGUGUGACACCUCAGAUUACACAGUUAUUGGAGAACAACACAAAUGCUCUGGACCAAGUCAAGUCACGGAGAUUACUUGAUGGAUUAAAGAAAUUGAUGACAAUAUUUCUGGCGAAAUUCAGAAUCAUCUCACAGGGAAUUAUAAGAAAGGAUUGGGACGAGCUUGAAUUGUCCCAGAAAUCAGAUAUUGUUGGCAAAAGGACUUUUAGAAAGUUGGCUUGCAAUUUCAGAGGGAGCAGAGAUGUCGCAGCACAAACAUUUGUAACUCUAUUGCGAGGGCUAGGCUUAAAUGCCAGAUUAGUGUUUUCUUUACAGCCGCCAGAUUAUACGAAGAUAACUCACGGACCCCACCCAUCUGGCCAUGAGAAGAGUGGUACACCAAAAAGAAAAACAAAAACUGCCGGAUUUCAGGAUUCCGAAUAUCCUGUAUUCUGGGUUGAAGUUUGGAACAAGUACACACGUCAAUGGGUCAGUAUCGAUCCCAUAGUGAUGAAGUUAAUUGAAGUAUGUCCUAAGAGAAAAAAGUCGCCAUUCGAGCCACCUCCUACUGAUGAGCGAAACCAGUUAACCUACGUUGUGGCUUUUGAUAAAUUCGGACGCGUUAGAGAUGUGACUAGAAGGUACAGCUAUAAUUACAACGCGAAAACUAUUCGGAAACGAAUUGAAUUCAGGUCAAGCGAAGAUAAAUCUUGGUAUUUGAAAGUUCUACGCUGCUGUGAUUUUAAAAAGACUCAAAACGUAGCUGACAUUUAUGAGCAGAAGGAAUUUUAUGAUCGUGAUUUGGCAGAAGGUAUGCCUAAUAAUAUACAGGCAUUCAAAAAUCAUCCAUUGUAUGCGUUAGAGUCACAACUACGACAAGAUGAAAUCAUAUUCCCCAAAGACGAUACUAGCAAGUGUGGCACUUUUAGAUCUAAAAACUCCUCUAAAGUUUUCCAAGUUUACAAAAGAUCAUGUGUGCAUCGAUUGAGGUCAGCAAAAGCUUGGUAUAUGAGAGGAAGGCAAUUAAAAGUCGGGGCAAUUCCUUUGAAAUCAAAAGAAGAAGAUGUACGCUUAUAUGCAGAGUUUCAAACGCAGUUGUACAUACCUCCACCCGUGACUGAUGGCAUUGUUCCUAAAAAUCAAUAUGGAAAUAUAGAUGUUUACACGAAAACAAUGUUACCCGAGAACUCUAUUUUGAUAGAGUGUGAUGAAAACUGCUCAAUGAAGAUGCUUCAGAACGCAGCUAAUCUCUUAGCUAUCGAUUAUGCUAAAGCAAUUGUUUCGUUUAGUUUUAAAGGGAAAAAGAAGAAACAUAAUAUCACUGCUAGAGAAGGAGGUAUAGUUAUUGCAAAAGAAUAUGAGGAGGCAAUGCAGCUCACAAUAGACAACCUUAUUGAACAAGAGGAGGAAGACCAACGGGCAUUAUCAGAAGCAAAUGCAUUAAGAAAUUGGAAAUACUUUUUGUUAAAGCUAAGGUUAGAAGAUCGUUUGAAUAAAUCACAUGGUGCGAUUUUAGACACGCCAGGCACAGAAGAACUGACCUCAAACGAAAAUCCCGAAGGCGGUGGGUUCGUUGUAUCAGAUGAAGAAGUAGAUGAGGGCGGAUUUAUUGUUUCCGACAAAGAGCCAGAGGAAGGUGGUUUCAUUGUUUCAGAUGAGGAACCGGAAGAUAAUUCCGUAGAUGUCACCAGUGAGGAAUAUUCUGAUAUAGAUUUUGAAUACGAAAGCGAUUAA